GCCAACAUAUCACUUUUGGAAAUCACCAUUCAACAUAAUUCAGUAUCCAAAAAUCUCAAACACAGAAAAAGCUGUCGCUAUACAUUUUUCAUCUGUCACUACAAGCACUAUUACUCCGCCACUGAAACUGCUAUAGCCACCUUGAGACUGAAGAAGAAAAUGGCAAGAAAAAAUCGUAACGAUAUUGGCAAGAGAGCAUGGAACAUUCUUCGUUUAGCAUUGCUAUGGGCAAGAAAGGGUGGCGUUUUUAAGAGAAGUUUAAUGGUUGAAUUACCCAAGUUUCUUAAAAGCCUAGGCCACACUACUUCUUCUAUGACUACUCCUCGGAACCUUUACCAUCGGCAGCUCUCCUUUGAUAAGACUCCUAUAAUUCAUGUGAAGAUGCACCGUCCGGCCUCCAUGCGAUUCAACAUUCCUUGCAUUACCCCUAGAGUGGAUUUCGAUUACGAUUUCGAUGGAGCAAGUGAAGAUGAAGACGGAGGUUUUAUGUGUGGGAGGAGGAGUUUCUUGAAAGGUAGAGAGGAAGAGGAGGAGGGUAAUAGUAAUGAAUAUGAUCAGGAGAGAAUUCCAGAGGAGGAAAAAGGGAUUGAUUUGAGAGCUGAGGAGUUUAUUGCUAACUUCUAUCAACAAAUGAAGCUUCAAAGACAGAUAUCUUAUCUGCAAUACAAUGAGACGCCUAAGAGAAGCAUUAGUUGAUCAUUUCAUCUAAGGAAAUUUUGCUCGCCUUUUCUUGCUUCGGAAUUCGUUAAAUUUUUUCUUUCUUUUUUGGGUAAAAGAGGCAUUUGCGGCAUUUUUGUGAAUACCAGCAAGCUUCAUCUGAGUUUAAUAAAUUCUUGCAAAAUUUCUUA